GGCGCCGACAACAAUCAUUCGGAUCAGUGGGUCAGGCAUUUGUUGCGGCGAAAAUGGCUAGCGCUAAGACGUUCUACGACCUCUCUGCGAAGCUGCUAACGGGAGAAAUACUAAAAUUUUCCUCCCUAAAGGGCAAAGUUGUGCUUAUUGAGAAUGUCGCGUCCCUCUGAGGCACGACCACCAGGGAUUACACCCAGAUGAACGAGCUCCACGAGCGCUACAGCGAGAAGGGGCUUGUGGUUCUGGGGGUGCCCUGUAAUCAGUUCGGACAUCAGGAGAACUGUAAGAACGAUGAGAUUCUGCAGUCCCUGAAGUAUGUCCGUCCAGGAAACGGUUUUGAGCCCAAGUUUCAGCUGUUGGAGAAGGUGGACGUGAACGGGAAGGAUGCCCACCCCAUGUUCGUUUUCCUCAAGGCGAAACUGCCGUUCCCUAGCGACGACUCCACAUCCUUAAUGAGCGACCCCAAGUUCAUUAUCUGGAGCCCAGUCUGCAGGAACGAUGUCGCCUGGAAUUUCGAGAAAUUCCUCAUUGGCCCGGAUGGAGAGCCGUUCAAGCGUUACAGCCGGAACUUCCUGACCAGCGACAUCGAGGGGGACAUCAAGAAGCUUCUCAGCUUGGCGAAAUAAACUGUCCCUGGCGUUGUCUGCACAGAGGCAAGGGUGGUGCAUGCAGAGAAUGUAUUGAAACAACUUGAGCACUGUGACAGCUGUGAAAUUUUUCAUUAACCUCCCAGCUUGUGUGUAGUCCGAAGACACCUUAACUGGAUUUCGUACUUGUCACAGUAACUGCUUUUUCCUGCACAUUUUUGCCUCUGUAAGAAAAUGCCUGUUUUAAACUGGCUGUGCUUUCCUGUGCAAGAUGCUGCUGUGUUUGGCUUCUACUGCAUGAAGGCAUCCUUUGAAACCUUUUUGUGAGAAGGAUGUCUGAUGAAAAUGUACAAGUCUUAAACCUAUCAGCAGCAUUUGGUCCAUGUAGAUCACGGCCAAGUUUUUCUGUUAUUG